CUCCGGCAGCAGCGACCAUGUCCAGCAGCGGCGACGUUCUCUGUGAAUGACCCUUCGUCUCGAUUCAACUCUCACCUCGUCGAAGCUCUUCAUCCGUGGUAGGUCUUGUAUACAAACCCAUGUUCUUCUCCUGUUCUUGCAUUUCUUCUAUCAAAACCUCAAAUCCCAAACUCUUCAAAAACCCAUCAACUUCCCUCUGAUUUAGGUAAAAAUCAGCCAUUAGAGGCUGAUGUUGGGUUUUUGCUGAUUUAUUGCUUUUUUGAUGAAAUAGGCAUUUUCACUUCUCUCUCUCUGAUCUUGUUUCCAUGGCAAUGUACUGAUUGUUUCUCUAAACUUCGAUUUCUGGAGAUGGGUUUGCGCGUAAUGCUCUUUUUACUAAAUUUUGGAGGUUGUUUCGUUCAUUAUGAAUAUGAGUUUCUGGAUGAAAUGGGUCUUUCUAUGUUCCUGAUUUCUUCCACAGAUCUAUGAUGCUUGGCCACACUCUGUUGAUCUGGUUUUAAUGGACAUUGUUGUUUGGGCUUGAAGUUUAGGAUUUAUGUCUUUUACUUCUUUGUUUGGGCCGAUUAUGCUAUGUUCUCUUGUUGAGUGUUUUUUUGUGCAGUUCAAGUUUAUGAUACCCAAUUACAUAACUUCACUCAUCUGUAUUCAUGUAUACAUAACUUUUGAAGAUUUGGAUGUGGGUGUAACCAAAUGGUGUCCCACCCCCACUCUAACACCAUUUCUUGUUAGUAAUGUGUAUCAAUGUGUAUCAAUGUGUAACAAUUACCAUUUCAUUCUAGUUAUUGCAAAUUGCUACAAGAAAUUGAAUCAUAAAGCAGGGAAGGAAGCUUGAGCACCAAAGAUCUUGAUUCUUUGGUUUCUGUUUUAUAAUUAUCUGGUGGAAGGUUGGGAGAAAGUAGACCUUUGAAAGCAAAUCAAUUUUUCUAAAAAGUCUAUAUCUAGCCUUGAAGCAAUGGGUUAGAUUCCAAUUUCUAACAUUUCAUUGCUUUUGCUUCGAACUUGUUUAUUUUGAUGUUUCAUUUACUUUGGAUGUUUACUCGAUGAGAUUCGAUGAUGUUGAUGUGCAUUUUCUUGAGGAAACGUAGAGAACUAAUGAUUUUGUUUUUAGUUUGAGCUUAAUGAUUCCAUUACUGAUGUGCAUUUUCUGAGUUUAAUGAGUUAAUGAUUAUGUUCUUAGUUUUUUAGUUGAGUUUCUUGAACUUUUUUAUUUGUGUUUUUUAAAAGGUCUAAUUUUAUCUUAUUAAUUCACAAGAUGACUUCAUCUGAGUUUUCUAAAACUAAGUCAUUCUAGUCAAAGUGUUCCACUAGUUGAACUUGACAACUCUAACCUUGCUGCCAGUAGUAGAGCAAGAUUGCAUGGUAAAAGAAAACGCUCUAAAGGUUUAGAUGUAUGGGAACAUUUUGUUAGGGUAGAGGGAUGCAAUCUUGAAUUUCCUAGGGCUGCUUAUAAAUAUUGUGGGACUACAUAUGCAUGUGAUUCUAAAAGAAAUGGGACAACAAAUUUGAAAAAGCACCCAGAGAAAUGUAAGAAAUAUAUCGAGGAUUAUGUUGAAGGAGGAGGGGAUUCUGAGACUAAUUUGGUAGCUACAUCGUUUACUCAAAAGAAUUGUAGAACGAUGCUUGCUUGUACGGUCAUAUUGGAUGAAUUGCCUUUUAAGAUUGUUGAAAAGCGAAGGAUUUCAUAAAUUUUGCUAGGCAUUGAAUCCUAAAUUUGUAAUUCCAUCCCGAAUAACUGUUGCAAAGGAUUAUUUUCAACUGUACAUGAUUGAAAAAAAGAAGUUGAAAAGUGCUCUAAGUAGAAGUGGUCAACGAGUUUGUUUAACGACUGAUACUUGGACUUCAAGUCAAAAUAUCAACUAUAUGGUUAUAACAACUCAUUUCAUUGAUGGUGAUUGGAAUUUACACAAAAAAAAUUAAAACUUUUGUCAAAUAGCUAAUCACAAAGGAGAUACAAUAGGAAGAGCAAUUGAAAAAUGCUUGCAAAGUUGGGACAUUGACAAAAUUUUUACUGUGACUAUUGAUAAUGCUAACUCAAAUGAUGGAGCAAUGACUUAUUUGAUUAGAAAGCUAAAGGAAAGAAACACAUUGGUAUUAGAUGGUGAAUUUCUCCAUGUUAGGUGUUGUGCUCAUAUCCUGAAUUUGAUCAUCGGUGAUGCUUUAAAAGAUUUACAUCUUUAUAUCAUUCGUAUUAGAAAUGUUGUAAAGUAUGUUAGGUCAUCUCCAUCAAGAUUGCAAAUAUUUAAAGACUUUGCUAAAGAAUAUAACAUUUCAACAAAAAGUUGUCUGACUAUGGAUGUCCCAACACGAUGGAAUUCAACAUUCGCUAUGUUAGAUGGAGCAAUUAAGUUCCAAAAGACUCUCGAAAGAUUAAAGGAUCAUGACUCAAAUUACAUUGCAGAAGGUGACACACCUACUAAUGAAGAUUGGGAUAAUGCUAGAGUAUUUGUAGGGUUCUUGAAAAUAUUUUUAAAUGUUACCCUAAAAUUUUCUGCAUCAAUGUCUGUGACUUCGAACAUAUUUUUUCAUGAAAUGUGUUUGGUUCAGGAAACAAUUCGUGAAUACUCUUUGUAUGAAAAUGACUUGUUGAGUAAAAUGACAUCAAGCGUGCAAGAAAAAUUUAACAAGUACUGGGGUGUAACUACAAGUGAGAAGAUGAACUUAUUGUCAUAUGUUGUAGUUGUUCUUGACCCUAGGUAUAAGUUAAAUUACGUGAGUUAUUGCUUUCAUGAAUUUUUGGAGCAUGAAAAUGCAAUUUUGUGGACGAAUAAGGUUGAAGCAGCAUUACGUCGAUUGUGUAUACAAGAAUGUCAAUGCCAAAGGAACACCUCUCUCAAACACAAUCAUCCACACCCAUAGAGGUAUCGACUUGUCAAAGUGAAAUACCAUCUAUCUCUUCUAGUGCAUUCGGUGAAAUUGGAAUUUAUAAGGUACGUGCUGUUGUUCAUGAUAUAUAUAAACAAAGUAAGAAAAAAGAUUCAGAUGAUGGAAAAACAGAGGUGACUCGUUAUCUAGAUGAGGCUUGUGCUGAAGAUGAUGAUUUUGAUUUAUUAAACUGGUGGAAGAUAAAUUCUAGUCGAUACAAGAUUAUUAGCCAAGUAGCUAGGGAUAUCUACAACAUUCCUAUAUCUACUGUUCCAUCCGAGUCAGCUUUUAGUACUGGAGGACGGGUGUUAGAUUCUUUUAGGAGUUCAUUAACUCCUCAAACUACAGAUGCACUCAUUUGUGCACAAAAUUGGCUUCAAUCAAAACCUCUAGAUGAUAUGAGUGAAGAAAUUGAUGGAGCAGAAGAAAUUGACGAAGAAUACUCAAGCAUACGUAAGGAGAUGGAAGCUGCCUUUGAAAACUCGAAAUUUAAUUUUGUGGUUCUAACUUCUACUCUAAAAAUAUCGUUUCUAAAAAUAUGGUUCAUCUCUAUUUCAUUUACAUGACGUAUCGAAAUGAUAUUAAAACUAUCUAUGAGUUGUCUAUGAUUUUAUUUUAUGUAAAAUAUUAAUUAAUAAUUCUUGUUUCUUUUGUGGAGUUUUGAAGUCUAGUGGAGGAAUUGGAGUCUUGAUGAUGGAAAUCAAGAUUCAGCCAAUGACAGUUGACUUGAAAAGAUUUAGUAUUUUUUGUUAGAAUUUUGUAAAUGUCAAUAUUGGAAUGUUUGAUUAGUUAAAAUGAUACUUGGAAUUUCUAGGCAUUACUUUUAAGCUUCAAAAGUACAUGAGAAC